AGAAUAUGAGGGAGGUGGGAAAUUGGAGGGGAAUGAGUAGGCCCGCCCCUAGUGACGUCAUCGGACAGUUCACCUCCCGGCAUGCAAAGUGUCACCGGAAGUGCCGCCAUUUUACUCUAUUGACAAAACAAGUGGCCGAAAUUUAGUGGAGGGUUUUGGAGUCGGUACUAAUCCUGUUUUUUUCCCUCCCGGUUUCCCCCAUCCCCGAUUUUUUUUCUUUUUCGAGACCGGGGGUGUGUGAGCACGCAAGUUUGUUUAAAAAAACAAUAGGACGGCGUCGGCUCCAAGUUUUCAUGUUUCGAACGGGCCUCUCUUCACAAAAUUCACCGCAGGAGGUGCGACAACAGGCUGAUGUUAGUCCGAGGAAGCGAAAGUUAGCCGAGGCCGGCGAGUUCGAGCACCACCAGCACCAAACACCUCAGCCAACCCAGCUCUUCCCCUCCGCAGCCCCCAAGUCUUCCUCCUCUACCUCCUCCACCUCCACCUGCUGCAACCACCAGCUUCAGAAGAGAGUCAAGUUCGAGGACUCGCUAGACUUUGUUGGACUCGAUGUGAUGAUGGCGGAGGAGCAGAGGAAAAGCAGCGGCUGUUCCGUGCUCACGGGGCAUGCUAACGGCCUGACCAAAUCCACCACCUUCGCCAACAGCAAGCCGGGGACGGCUAAAAAAUUAGUUAUUAAAAAUUUCAAAGAUAAACCUAAGUUGCCUGAUAAUUACACCAAUGAAACCUGGCAAAAACUGAAAGAAGCAGUAGAAGCAAUUCAGAAGAGCACCUCAAUCAAAUACAAUUUGGAGGAACUUUAUCAGGCAGUGGAGAACCUCUGUUCUUACAAAGUAUCAGCAAAUUUAUACAAGCAGCUGCGACAAGUCUGUGAGGAUCACAUCAAAGCUCAAAUUCACCAGUUCAGAGAGGAUUCCUUAGAUAGUGUCCUGUUUCUAAAGAAAAUAGAUAAAUGCUGGCAGGACCACUGCAGACAAAUGAUCAUGAUUAGGAGUAUCUUCUUGUUUCUGGAUAGAACUUAUGUUCUACAAAAUUCAAUGCUUCCAUCUAUUUGGGACAUGGGCCUUGAAUUAUUCAGAUCCCAUGUAAUAAGUGAUCGGAAGGUUCAAAAUAAAACUAUUGAUGGGAUUCUUCUCUUAAUUGAGAGAGAAAGAAAUGGUGAAGCUAUUGAUCGUAGCUUGCUUCGAAGUCUCUUAAGUAUGCUAUCAGAUUUGCAGAUAUAUCAGGAUUCUUUUGAACAAAGGUUUUUGGAAGAAACUAAUCGUCUAUAUGCUGCAGAAGGUCAAAGAUUGAUGCAAGAACGAGAGGUGCCAGAGUAUUUGCACCACGUUAAUAAACGUUUAGAGGAGGAGGCCGAUCGGGUUAUCACUUAUUUGGAUCAAAGCACACAGAAGCCUCUAAUAGCUACCGUGGAAAAACAACUUCUCGGUGAACAUUUACCAGCCAUUCUUCAGAAAGGCUUAAACAAUCUUCUGGAUGAAAACCGAAUACAAGAUCUUUCUCUUCUUUACCAACUUUUCAGUCGAGUUCGAGGUGGAGUGCAAGUUCUUCUACAACAUUGGAUUGAAUAUAUAAAGACCUUUGGCAGUACAAUAGUAAUUAAUCCUGAAAAAGAUAAAACAAUGGUUCAAGAACUAUUAGAUUUCAAGGACAAAGUGGAUCACGUAGUCGAUGUCUGCUUCCUGAAGAAUGAAAAAUUUGUCAAUGCAAUGAAGGAAGCCUUUGAAACGUUCAUAAACAAAAGACCUAAUAAACCAGCUGAACUAAUAGCCAAAUAUGUAGACUCGAAGCUUCGAGCUGGCAAUAAAGAAGCUACAGAUGAAGAACUUGAGAAGAUGCUGGACAAAAUUAUGAUAAUAUUUAGGUUCAUUUAUGGAAAAGACGUAUUUGAGGCUUUUUAUAAGAAGGACUUAGCAAAGCGACUGUUGGUUGGAAAGAGUGCAUCAGUAGAUGCUGAAAAAUCAAUGCUGUCCAAAUUGAAACAUGAAUGUGGAGCUGCGUUCACCAGCAAACUGGAAGGAAUGUUUCGAGACAUGGAGCUCUCAAAAGAUAUUAUGAUCCAGUUUAAACAGUACAUGCAGAAUCAAAAUAUACCUGGCAACCUUGAGUUAACUGUAAAUAUCCUCACAAUGGGCUACUGGCCAACUUAUGUACCUAUGGAAGUUCAUUUACCCCUGGAGAUGGUAAAACUUCAGGAGAUUUUCAAGACAUUUUAUCUUGGUAAGCACAGUGGUAGAAAGUUGCAGUGGCAAUCAACUUUGGGUCAUUGUGUAUUGAAAGCAGAAUUUAAAGAGGGUAAGAAAGAGCUUCAAGUGUCGCUUUUCCAAACUCUGGUAUUGCUCAUGUUUAAUGAAGGGGAAGAAUUCAGUUUGGAAGAAAUUAAAACUGCUACUGGAAUAGAGGAUGGAGAGUUGCGAAGGACAUUGCAGUCUUUGGCAUGUGGCAAAGCACGUGUACUGACCAAAACUCCAAAAAGCAAAGAUGUGGAAGACUAUGACAAAUUUACCUGUAACGAUGAUUUCAAACAUAAGCUGUUCAGGAUCAAGAUUAAUCAGAUCCAGAUGAAAGAAACGGUUGAAGAACAGGCCAGCACUACUGAAAGAGUGUUCCAGGACAGGCAGUAUCAAAUAGAUGCUGCUAUUGUCCGAAUCAUGAAAAUGAGAAAGACUUUGAGCCACAAUCUUCUUGUAUCUGAAGUGUAUAAUCAGCUGAAAUUUCCAGUCAAGCCUGCUGAUCUAAAGAAAAGAAUAGAGUCAUUAAUUGACAGGGACUACAUGGAAAGAGACAAAGAAAAUACCAACCAAUACAACUACGUGGCAUAGAACUUCGGAUGAAGAAAAGCUUCAUAAAGCACUUCUAAUCUCGGAUGGUCAAUGGCUUAACGCUACAGUGUUGAUCCCAGUGAAUGAGUUUUUUUAGUUCGUAUUGCCUAGAAAUAUAUGAAAAAUGGCAUUACUGAAAUAACUGGGAGAGAACUUCUCUGAAGGAAAACGUGGCCAUCCAGAGAGUACUUCGUGAAUCUCUGCUAAUGCUGUUGGACUUCCACAUAUUUGAGGUAGCAGUGGACACCAAAAGCAAAUACAACUCCUUCCCCAACUUUCAAAUUAACUUUUGGUAAUUGUGAAGAACAGAUGCAAUGCGAAACUGCACCUCAUCAGUUUUAUCUUGAUUAGCCACGUCAUUGUUGAAUCAUUUUGAGUUGCUUCCAUGUUAUUUCUUUUGGAGGAAGAGCUUGUUUUAUUUUCUCAUUUUCUUGUAAAAGCACGAGUCUUCAAACUUCUUGACAUCAAUAGACAUCCAUCUAUGUUGUUCACACUUGAAACUCUGCAUUGAGAGAAGACUAAUCGCUCACCACUUCUGGAAGUUUUAUUUUAACAUUGAUUUUAGAAUUUCAAGGAGUAAAUGGUAUCAAUCCUUAGUUAAGAACAUUAUCUAUACAUGUUUUAUUUUACAAAUGUGGAUUUUGUUCUGUUUUUUUUUUUUGCCAGCGUUUUUUGACAACUAAAGGAGGUGCCAAAAGUGGAACGUGGGUAAUAAAAUAUUGUGUGUAAUGCAGUGAUGUCUGUUUUGUAUUUUGACCCUGCUGGAAAAUUUUGAAGCAUUUGCCAUGUUGUAUUUACCAUUUAUCACAGCAGUAAUAGUUAACCACUGAGAAUGCAAUGACGUUUGGAGACUGGCGGCAGUUUCAUCAGGAUGUUGAUCCUGAGGAAAAUACAAAUUGUAUUUUUAUUUCAAACUUCAUUGUCAGCUCACGUGUAUAAACUUUUGAUUACUUACUGCAUUAUUAAAUCAUUUCAGUUCGGGGGAGCAAGAUUUAAAAGUGAGAAGAACUUGUUAACGUGUCAGCCAGGCUGCUCUGUUCUUUUAAGAAUGUGAAACUUAAAACAAUUAGCGCACAAUAGGAACCCUUUGUAAUUACAAGCUGGCAACAGAGGUGCACAAAGACUACUGUGUCUUUUCCAAAUGAAUUUGUUAUAUAUGUACAUAUUUGUCCCUUCAUAAAGUGGAAGCGGUCCAUAUUCAAGGUUUUUGUGUUCAAUAAAUAUUGAAUAACUA